GUGAAAUGUCUACAUCAGGGGCGGGAGAUUCGCAUGAUCAGUCCUCCAAAUCAUCUUCUGACGUCAUUUUUGCACCCCUGGGGUCAGAUGAAAUUGCGGAUAAUGUGACUUGCAUUGAGAGCUUGUGUAUGAGUUGUCACGAGCAAGGAGAGACUAAGUUGUUGCUGACUAAGAUUCCAUUUUACAAGGACGUUGUGGUUUCUUCAUUCCGAUGUGAUUUGUGUCAUUACUCGAACACGAAUAUUCAAAGCUGUGAGCCGAUCCAAAAUAGAGGAGUGCGUUAUGAGAUAAAAGUGAAGCCUGGAGAAGAUCUGAACAGACAAGUGGUGAAGGGCGAGUUCGCCACUAUCUCAAUUCCCAAACUGGAGCUGGAGAUUCCGAAGGAGUCACAGCCGGGAUCCAUCAACACAAUCGAAGGAAUUAUUCAAAGAGUGAUAGAUGGUCUGACUCAAGACCAACAGACUCGCUCUGAAGUUGAUCCCGAAGGAUUCCUCAAGGUCAGUCAGUUCAUCACUAGACUGGUGGAUCUGAAGGAAGACGAAACUGGCUUCGAGAUCAUUAUGGAUGAUCCGUCUGGCAACAGUUUCGUGGAGAACCCUUUCGCGCCCAACAAAGACGAGCGAGGAAGUGUGAGUCACUACAUCAGGUCGAUCGAUCAAGACGUGGAGCUGGGUCUUAAUGAGAAGCAUGCGAGAGAUGCAGUCACUAGUCGAGAAGGCAUGGAUGAUACGACAGAACUUGACUUCCAGAAUGAAGUGAUGACAUUCAACAGCAACUGUCCCUCGUGUGGGCGCCAAUGUGACACAAACAUGAAGUCAAUCAACAUCCCAUUCUUCAAGGAAGUAAUAAUUAUGGCCACGGUGUGUGACGAUUGUGGCCAUAAGUCUGACGAGGUCAAAUCGGGAGGGGGCAUUGAACCGAAGGGCGUGAAGUACACGUGUAAAGUGGAAACUGUUAUCGAUCUGAAUCGAGACGUGUUGAAAUCGGAAACAUGUUCAUUGUGCAUUCCUGAAUUGGAUGUUGAAUUGGAACACGGAUCACUGGGUGGACGUUUCACCACAAUUGAAGGACUUGUGAACUCUUUCCUGGAGGGCGUUGAUAAGUUGGCGCCGUUUGGCAGUGGGGACAGCACACAAUCUUCAACUGCGUACAAGUUUGAACAAUUCAAACAAAAGGCCAAGGACUUGCUUGACCUGAAAGAGCCGUUCACCAUUAUUCUGGAUGACCCUGCUGGCAACAGUUUCAUUUCGAAGAUUGACGAUGAAAACGAUCCAGGGUUGACAGAGGAGAGAUACGAAAGGUCAUAUGACCAGAAAGAGUUUCUAGGAUUGAAUGACAUGGUCACUGAAAACUACGAGGAGACAACUCAAACAAAUGUCGAAAAUGCGGGCGAUACCUGACACCGAUUGAAUUUAACCCUCAGAAUAUUUUUUGAGUCACAUUGAGUGUUCGCUGAAGCGAUGCAAAUGGUUCUAUGAUGAUGCUGAUUUUGUUGUAAUUAGAAUAUAUUUUGAAAAUUUCUUGGUUUUCGCAAGCUUCGAAAAAGAUUAUUGGGAAGUUUUUGGCCAAAUAAUUGUUGCGAAGUGGUUCGAUUAUGAAAUAGUUAAGAAGGGCAAUUUUCUAUGCAACGAUUUUUAAAUGGUUAUGCUAUUUGUAAAUUUGGUUGAAGUAAGGGAAAGGAAGAAACUUGUCAAUUUUCUCGACCAUUGUCAUCCGGCAUGGAUCGGCUAAACUUAGAUAUGUAUAUAUAUUUAUACAUAUUAUUUAUGUUGAUUUAUGUUAUAAACAUACAUAUGGCUGGUUGACCGACCUUGAGAGACCUUCUCUCAAAUGACGAACGGUCAGACCAUGAAUUAACGUUGGUUAAAAUUA